GGCUGAGUUUAGGAGUCCUAUCCGGGGAUAGAGCUGGAGGACCCCCGAUCCCAAUGGCAACUUUGGCGGUGCCCAACUCCGCGAACCACUUCGCCUCUUUUCUGCAGGACCGCUCUCCCAGCUCAUCUCCAGAGGACAUCACUGUCAACUAUCCCACCUUGGCCUUCCGAGCAGCACCUCCACUUCCCUGUUCCUCAGCCAGCUCACCAGGGUCUUAUGAAUCCGUGGGGAUGUUUCAACUCUGGAGCAAUGAGGUGCCAUCACGCUCUCACACAACCAUGGCAUUUGGACGACCCAAGAUGCCAUAUCAUGAGCAGAUGAUGGCCAACAAUUGCGGUGUCUCAGCCCAUGAACUGCCACUGACACCGCCAGCUGAGGCCAUCUACUCCUUGGAGUGGUCACCUGUCAAGAUGUUGGCACCCACAGUGCACCCGUCGUAUACUUUCCCAGAAGCCCAGGACUCCUCCAGUUUUCUUCAAGGCCCAUGGCCUUUGGGUCCAGCUAUCCCUCCCGGCCCCUCCUCCACCGAUGAUGCCCCUUGGUGGACUCUGCAGCAGCCAAGCAAUUUCUCUCUGGGACAUCCACUAGUUCUCAGUCCCCAGCCUCCCCUUGCGCCCUUCCUGCAGAGCCCUCCCAAAGGGCUGUUGGGUACGGCUCGCCGCUGUCGUCGCUGUAAAUGCCCCAAUUGCCAGGGAGCCAGCAGGUCCCACGAGGAGCCAGGGAGGAAGAAGCAACAUGUCUGCCAUCUGCCAGGGUGUGGCAAGGUCUAUGGCAAAACCUCUCACUUGAAGGCCCACCUCCGCUGGCAUGCAGGAGAGCGCCCCUUCAUUUGCUCCUGGCUGUACUGUGGGAAGAGCUUCACUCGCUCGGAUGAGCUGCAAAGGCACCUUCGGACGCACACGGGGGAGAAGCGUUUUGGCUGCCAGCUGUGCCCCAAGAGAUUUAUGCGGAGUGACCACCUAGCAAAGCACGUCAAGACCCACCAGGGAAAGCGGGUGCGGAAUGUGGCUGUUGUGACAGCAGCCGCAGUGGGCAUCAAGCGAGAGUGAUGUUAAACAAAGAGGCCUAAAAAGAGCAGAGAUGAGGUCAAGGAAGCAAGGCUACAGCAGGGUUACGGUAUCUGGGCUGCAAAAAUCUGGACAGCCCCCGGAUAGCAGCAAAGAAAUGGGUUGUUUUAUAUACUUUUGCUACCGUCUUACUGAUUUGGAGCCCUUGCUGUGGUGCAACUGAAUUCAUUUUACACCCAACACUAAUUUUGCCGUGUCAUCUUGUUUUUCCCAAGAGCCUGGCAACUAUAGAUCAAUGGGAUCCCAUGAAAUCUCAGUCAGAAAAUCCUGCCAAUGUUGCCUAGCAAGAAUGAAUUAUUACUAGGUCCAUUGAAGUCAAUAGUGAUGCCUGAGCCCCCUCAAUUCCAUUGGUAUAAAAACAGGAGCAGGCAGAUAAUUAUUUUGUGUCAAGAGGCCAUAUAAGUAGUACAUCGUGGCCUCUAUGGGACUA